CUUCUUCUUCUACUCCUCCUCCUCUCCUCUGCACAUUCUCUCCUCACAGCACACAGCAGACAACAUGCCUACCACGUUCGAAAACCCCUACAAAAAGGGCGAGUUCCUUCCUACCCUCGACGAGCUCAUGGCCGCCAACCCCGAAGGCGUUCCCAAGGAAGCCGCCUGGAUCUGGGGCAAGGAGGACGAGGUUGGACGCCUGAACCUGCUCUCUCCCGGGCUCGUCAAGGCCGUCGCCAGCUCAGAGGCGACCACCGGCGAAGUCGCCUCGCUCAACUGGGACAUCACUCUUCCGCUGCACCCGCCCUUCGGCCGUCCCGCGCUCCAGUACGAAAUCACCGGUAACCCGAACGCGCUGAUCCACGACGACACCGUCGUCAUGAACGUGCAGUCCGGAUCGCAGUUUGACGGCUUCCGACAUUUCGGACACAUCUCCUGCCAGGUCAUGUACAACGGCCUCACGCGCGACGAGGUCCUCGGCGAAAACAAGACGACCCGGUGCGGCAUGCAGGCCUGCGCGAAGCACGGCAUCGUCGGCCGCGGCGUGCUCAUCGAUUUCGCAAAGUGGGCAGAGCACAAGGGCAUCAAAUUCGAUCCUUUCGAGCGCUACCCGAUCACGCUCGAGCAGAUCAAGGAGAUCGCAGCCUGGGAAGGCGUCGAGUUCAAGUUCGGCGAUAUCCUGCUCGUCCGCACCGGCUGGAUCAGCAAAUACAACGCCCUCCUCGCCGAGGGCAAGAUCAGCGACCUCGAGCCCACCGGCGCCGCAUCCCCCAACGCCAUCGGCGUCGACCAGGGCGACGAAAUGAAGCACUGGCUGCACGACAGCUACUUCUCCGUCGUCGGAGGUGAUCAGCCCGCUUUCGAGGCCUGGCCUUCCCGCACCCCCGAAUGCCUGCACGAGUACCUUCUCGCGUGCUGGGGUGUCUUGAUCGGCGAGAUGCUCGAUCUCGAGGAUCUUUCGGAAAAGUGCGCAAAGGCAGGAAAGUACUCUUUCCUCUUCACCGCCGCUCCUUUCAACUCGCCCGGUGGAAUCGCUACCUUUGCGAACUCACUCUGCGUCAUUUGAUUUUUUUAUGUGAAUUCAUUCAAGUCAUCUGUAUAUAUACAUACAUCAUAUAAAAAAAGACA